ACAUUGUGAGUGUGAAUUUGAACAUCGCUCUUUUUUUCCUCGAACUCUCCACUGUUUAUUUGAAUGUCUGUCUCUCUCUCUUUGAAAACUGUGCCAAAACCCAAAAGCGAUAUUGAGAGAGAUAACAUCACUGAAACUCUUCCUCUCUGUGAUUGAUUUCGGUGGUGUGUGCUAGAGAGAAGCAAUGGUAGGUGGUGGGAAUGGGAAGAAACCACAGGAAGAAGAACAAGCAGGCACUUCUGCUUCUGGAGUUGAUCCAACCAAACAAGAAAUGAUUGAAAAACCUUUUCAUGAUGGUAAGGAAGAGGAGGAAGAAGCUGAGGAAGAGGAAGAAGAAGGCACUGGGGUUCAUACAAAAGGUGUCUUUGUUCCUGGUCCUCUUCUCUCUCUCAAGGAACAGAUCGAACGAGACAAGGAGGAUGAAAGCCUAAGGAGGUGGAAAGAGAAGCUGUUAGGUUGCUUGGAAAGUGAUUUAGAUGCUCAGGUGGAUCCUGAAGUGAAAUUCCACUCCAUUGGAAUUCUCUCUGAGGAUUUUGGUGAAAUUGUUACCCCUUUACCUGUGGAAGAAAGUCAGAAUGGUCGUCCUCUAUUUACUCUCUGGGAGGGCUCGUGCUAUCAGCUUAAGCUCAAGUUUAGUGUUCUGCACAACAUUGUGUCUGGUUUGACAUACUCCAACACUGUGUGGAAAGGAGGGUUUCAGGUUGAUCAGAGCAAAGGAAUGUUGGGUACUUUUGCUCCUCAAAAAGAACCAUAUGUAUAUGCCUUGAAAGAGGACACUACUCCCUCUGGUGCACUUGCAAGAGGUGUUUACUCAGCUAAGCUCAAGUUUGAAGAUGAUGACAAAAGAUGUCACAUGGAACUCAAAUACUUGUUCGAGAUAAAAAAGAGCAGCUAGUUAGAGUUUUCUGUCAAAAUGCUUAAUUGUUUUUCUAUGCAUCAAGUUAUCUUCCUCCCAAAAUGCUUAAAUAUAUUUUGGACAUAACUGUUAUGGAUGCUACAAAUAUAUAAUUUCUUAAGGAUGCUACAAAUUUGUAUUUGUUUA